UGAUUACAAAUCUGUAGCCCGCUGGCUUUUCUCUUUCCUAAAGCCGUCUCCAAUGGGCAGCUCUUAGCUAGCUCAUAGAGUUUUUUAAUCGAUGAACAGGACGCCAAGAGCUAGCUCGCACGCUCACCGAGGCGGUGCCCUCUCCCAGGUACGCUCGCCCAGACAGUGGCUGGCACUGUGCCGAGCGCGUAUGAGCUAGCAGCCGGCUUAUACAGCUGGAUAAGGCUUAUGCACAGACAAAUCUCAGAAUUUAGGCCUCCUUUGAUUCAUAGGAAUUUCAUGGGAAAAAUGUAGGAUUUAGGAUUGGGCACUGUAGCAGCCUUUGAUUCAUAGGAGUAGGGCAUAGGAAAGUUAGAGGAAAUUUUCCUUUGGAACUCAUUUCACAGGGAAAACAUAGGAAAAGAAAACAUCCACCCUAACCUCUUUUUUCCAUCAUGUGUGCGUAGGAUGGAGAUAAAUGACAGACAUAUGCAUCAUUGUUGUUCUUUUAGAAGAAAAUAUACAUUGUGAUAUUGUGGAUAAGGCCAAAGUGACAUGUAUUAAUACACUUCCUGACACUCUCUUUCCUGUGAAAUUCCUAUACCCAUUCAAAGGGCUAGUAACAUAACUUUCCUAUGUUUUGCAAUCCUCUGUUUUUACAGUUUCAUUCCUACAAAAAUCCUACGUUUUUCUUAUUCCUCUGUUUUUUCAUUCCUGUGAUUCAAAAGGGCCCUUAGUGUAUGAUAACUGCUGUUCAUCACAUUCAUGGGGAGAGGAGUCGGCUUCCCUUGUUUUCCUUCGCCUUCUCGUCAGGUGGAUGUUAUUGAGGGGGAUCGGGAUUGGGAUGCUUGGAACGGGUGGAUGUCGAGGAGGGAGAAAGAGAUUGGGAGAAAGAGAGAGGUCAGGAUAGCGCGCGAGUUGGAGAGACAACGAGAUGCCAGAAUGGCGGCAGCCGCGAAGGAGGAGAUGGAGGGAGUACUAAGGGCGAUGGAUCGUCUUCCCGGUAGGAUAUCCGAUCUGCUCCGGUCGGAGCGUGGGCACGCCGGCCUCUCCGUCCUCGCCCGCCGUGGCUUCGUCUUCACGGAGACGGAGCUGAGCAGCCUUGUUGCAGCACUGCGGCAGCUGCUGGCAUCGGCCGAGCGAAUUGGUCCGGGGCAUGUCGACUCCCAGACCGUGAACCACUGCGCCUACUUGAUAGAUCUGGCUAGAUGGAUCGAUGACCUCAUCGAUGGCUACGCACCAGAUAAGGCCGAGACAGAGCUCCGGGAGCUGAACCUUGCCUGGAUCGAGCAGCUUCUGCUUGUGACCGACGCGCCGCCGGCAGCGCCCGACGUCGUCGUCGACGUUGGCCCUCCCAGUAUUCUUGUCGGCAUCGACGUCCCAAGGAAGAAGCUGGCCAGAUGGCUCACGGCCUCCGACGAUGGGGAGGCGCAGCUGAAGGUGCUCUCUGUUGUCGGACCAGCUGGGAUGGGCAAGACGACACUGGCCAUGGAUGUCUUCCGCCAGAUCGAAGGGCAGUUCCAGUGCCGCGCGGUGGCCAGGCUCUCCGCAAGGCCGCCUCACAACGACAAGCUCCUCCGGCACAUCAUGUCGCAGAUCACCGGGUCGCAGGCGGACGCGGCCACCUUGGACGGCGAUGACUGCGCGCUGGCUUACGACAUCAAACAAUACCUGCAAACUAAGAGGUACCUCAUCGUAAUCGAUGAUAUGUGGAGAACAUCGGACUGGGAGCACAUCUGGGAUGCUUUCCCGAGCAACAGAUGCCACAGCCGCAUAAUAAUCACUACGCGCAUCAGAAGCGUCGCUCGCUCCUGCUGCUCGCACCCAUGGCCUAACGGCCUCGUGCACGAGGUCAAGCCUCUCGGCGCGACAGAUUCCGAGAGGCUGUUCUCGGCAGUGGCUCACGGUUGGCCGCGGCCAGCCAAUUCUGGACGAGUCUCCAAUGAGAUUCUGAGGGUAUGCGACGGCACACCGCUGCUCAUAAUUGCCAUGGCCGGCCUGGUGUCGAAGCAGAUGCAGGAAGAAGACUACGAUGACGAAGAAGGAGAUCAGAGUGGGGUGACGAUGGAUAUCUCCAGACCUUGUGUUGCAGCAUAUUUGCCAAGCGGAAUCAGAGAACUGAAGCAAGUCGAGGACACGCUGUCUCCUAGCUACGACAAUCUCCCCUGCGAGCUGCGGCUACUGUCGCUGUACAUGAGCACGUUCCCGCAGGGUUACGUGAUCGACAAGCACCUCCUCAUCAGGAAAUGGAAGGCCGAGGGGCUGAUCGCGGUGCACACGUUGCAGAGCGGGUUCGAGGAAAGAGCAGAGGAAUGCUUCUCGCAGCUCGUCCAGCGGUGUAUCAUCCGUCCGGCGAGGACGAGGAGGAGGGCGUGCGAUUGUGAAUGCAACCCUUGCAGCUACCAGGUCAAUCAUUUCAUGUUCCAGCUCCUCGCGUCGAAAUCCGCGGACAAGAAUUUCGUCACCACCAGUUGCUGCGACACCGGCACGCUCCGCGGCUCAUCCGGCCUGCAGAUACGGCGGGUGUUCCUCCACCAUGGCCAGCAGCAGCAGCAGCCUGCAGAUCAGGAGGUCCCGGCGCAGAUGGAAGAGAUGUUCUCCUUCACUCGCUCGCUCACGGUCUCUGGAGAAGUGGACGGUAUUUCUCUUGAAAUGUUCCCGCAUCUGGUUGUGCUGGAUCUGCAAGGCUGGGAGAAGCUGAAAGACGAUGACCUGCCACGGAUAUUCAGCAGCGGCAAACUGUUCCUGCUCAGGUAUCUCAGCCUGAGGAACACGCGUAUCAGCGAGCUCCCGCCGGAGAUCGGGAUGCUGAGCUCGCUCGAGACGUUGGACGCCAGCCACACCCGGAUCGCCAAGCUCCCACCGGAGGUGUGCACCCUGCGCUCGCUGGAGGAGCUCGACCUGAGAAGCACCCGGAUACAGCGGCUGCCGGAGCGAAUCGACGACCUAGUGGCGCUGCGGCAUCUGCGCGCUGGCGACGGCGCGGCGAGCACGAGGAUCCCCAAGGGGAUCGAUUGGGGGAUGCUCCGGGAUACGUUGGAGACACUAGCAGCUGUCGAUCUACGCGAAUGCUCAGCCGACGUCGUCAGGAAACUUUCCCUUCUUCGUUGCCUGGAGGUGCUUUCCGUGUCGCUAUCCCUUCGCCAGUGCACCGACAAGGAGUACCAGGACAACCUGAGCUUCCUCGUCCAGAGGUUGAAGUGCCUCAGGUCGCUGACGAUCCGCUGCGAGCUCGGCUGCUCCAUGGAGUUCCUCGAUUUCUCGCCGGAAGACGCGCCUCAGAACCUGCGACACGUCGCGAUGCACGCCCGGUUCCUCACCGUCCCGCGGUGGAUCGCAGGGCUCAACCACCUCUCCUCGCUUCAUAUCAGGGUCUGCAAGCUAGCCCCAGAAGGCGUCAAGAUUCUUGGACGUUUGCACAGGUUGGAGUGCCUCGAGCUGGGGCUGGAUUUCCUCCCAAGAGAAGCCAUUGUGAUCCAAGGUCAGGGGUUCAUGUCCAGCUCUCAAAACAGAAGCAACAGAGCUCCCCUGAACUCAAAAAUCCAUGAAGAAGAAGAAGACGGCGACGACGAGAAGAAUGGGAUCAUCAUCUACCCGUUCCGUGAGCUCCUGAGAUUGUCCGUCGAUUGCCGGGUGCCAUGGCUGGUGUUCAAGGAAGGGGCCAUGCCGAAGCUAACUGACCUCGAGCUGAAGCUCUCCACGGGCCCGGCGAGCCAUGAGAGCCCGCCGUCGGGCAUCGCCAACCUCCUGAGCCUCGAGCAGGUCGCCGUGCAGUACGACGCGUGGUACAUCAACAGCCGGAGCGUCAGGGCGACGGUGGACGCCAUCCGGAGGCAGGUCGCCGAGCUCCGGUACACGGUCAAGCUCGUCAACAAUGGCGUCGAGGAGGAUGUGGAGGCAGUAAUUAAUCCUCGCCGAGACAGCUGAGCGCGGUAAGAACGGAGACGCGCGUGUAUACUGUCAACUUGUCAAUUGUCAUGUACGCUUACCAUGUUGCUCCACCUUCCCUCCUUCCUGACAUUCUGCAAGCUCUGGCCCAUGCACCAGCAAGUCAAUAAAGUCGUCUGGUCUUCUGUUACUCUAUUGUGAUUAAGAUAUUUUCAGCUUGAGUUAUUCUUCAA